UGGGAAAGUGCGUAACCGGUGCUUUUGGUGACGUUUUUCGCGUGGUUCGCAUGUUUUGAGGCCUGCGUCGAUACACAGACCACCCGCGCUUAUACAGCAAGUGUUGAAAUAUUUGAGCUUUGUCUCGUAGCGAAAGUAAUUUCCCCCAAGCUAACGUUAGCGCGGAUGCGAGAGAUGUGUUUCGAUUGGUUGCAGUGUUUCUUGCAUCAUUCCGUUUUGGGGAUUUGUGUUCGUCCGCAAAAUCACGACGUGGGGCAUGAUUUCGCUAGCUCACUAAAUACGCAUAAAUAGCCAACCCUAGUCGAAAACAAGAUGCUUCAAUUCACUGAACGUGACUUGGGUUUAGCAUUUCUUCGAUGUCCUUGACGUCCAUUUGAAGGUGGUCCAAAAGUAGCAGCGGCAAAAUCCUCACAUCACCAACUACAUGUUAACAGUGAGGAAAACUGCUCGUAAUACGAGAGACAUUAUCAAGUUCGACUUGGUAACGUCUAGCGCUUCCUUGGACUACUAGUAUUGUGCGGAUGUCAACUCGUGCACUGUUUUGCAUCAUUGGUGACGUGUUAGUUGUCCUACUAAUAAGGCUGGGUAACAUUAAAACCCCCGCAUUUCGGAUUCCUUAGGUUGCCAUUCAGCUUAUAAAUUCGUUCCAUUUUGAUAUAACUUUCCUCUUUGCAAUUGGGGUCCAAAUGAAAACUGGCUGGAACAGCUGACAAAAGACCUUCUCCCGCAUCCUUUGCACACAUUCACUGCUACUAACAAGUGUUUUUGUCUUUGUUUUAUUGUAUUACUCUAUAUAUAUUUCACUUCAAGUCGCCAAUCUGGGACCUCGGGUCUCGAGUUCUGUGCCGUAUCGUGUGUGUUGAUGUGACAAUGUUUGAAUCAUAUUUGUGUCUAUUUCUGUUGAGAAUCCAAAGUCACCUCAAAAGUCAAAAAGUUGAAGCGUUGGCUCUACGCUGCUGCUUUGGUGGCGUGGGAAAAAGCAUUACUCGUCAGACAGUCAUUCUACUAGUGCGCCUAAUUGGCUUACUAGCGAGGACAAAGAGUGCACUAAAUGAAAGCGACAAGAAAGCCAAUAUCGAGCGCUCAAAGAGCGAAGGCAAAGAGCUGGGCAAAGAGGAGAAGCAGCGGCUGAGGAAAGAGAAGAAGCAGCAGAAGAAAAACAAAGAAAAAAAAGAUGAGGCCGCCGAGCCCGACGGCGCUUCUGCCGUGCCGCCGCCGCCGGCUUCGCAGAGAGCUCCUUCCUCAGUGCCCGGCGCCGACGCGCCACCGGACAAGCCGGCCAAGAGCAAGGUGGAGCUGAAAGCGGAGAGGAGACCUCGCCGCGACUCCGACAGGACCUCCAAACAGAGCAAAAAGCGCGACGCCGGUCAGCAGCAGGCCGCCGCGUCCGCCGCCAAACCCAAAGUGCCGCCCGGCGAGCUGCAGCCUGUGGUGAAGAGGCUUCCCGAACACGUCCAAGUGGACGACCCUGAUGUGGUCAAGAAGCUGGCUAAGAAGCUGGAAAGACAACAGAUCCCGCUUCGGUCAGACUACGGCUACAAGGUCAGCCUUUUCUCACACCUGCACCAGUACAGUCGCAAAGCGCCGCUGACGCAGCAAGUCGGCAUCCCGUCGUCGGUCAUCCAUCCGGCUAUCGUUCGACUGGGCCUCAAGUAUUCGCAGGGCAUCGUGGCGGGAUCCAACGCGCGCUCCGUGGCACUGCUGCACGCCUUCAAACAGGUCAUAAGGGACUACGCCACGCCACCAAAUGAAGAGCUCGCGAGAGACUUAGUCAACAAAUUGAAACCUUACAUCAGUUUCUUGAACCAAUGUCGCCCCCUGUCGGCCAGCAUGGGCAAUGCAAUCAAAUACCUCAAGAAGGAGAUCUCCAACAUUCCGAGCCACACCAAGGAAGACGAGGCGAAGAGCAAACUGCUGAGCUGCAUCGACUGCUACAUUAACGAAAAGAUCGUCUUGGCGGCCAAAGCCGUCGCCGAAAUCGCCAUCGAAAAGAUCAGCGACGGCGACGUCAUUCUCGUCUACGGAUGCUCGUCGCUGGUCAACCACAUCCUUUACGAGGCCUUCGACGUGGGCCGCAAGUUCCGCGUGAUCGUGGCGGACGGCCGGCCGAGGCUGGAGGGCCGCGAGACCCUGCGGCGGCUGGUCCAGCGGGGCAUCGGCUGCACCUACGUCCUCAUCUCCGUCGUCUCCUACAUUCUACCCGAGGUGUCAAAAGUGUUGUUGGGUGCCCAUGCGCUGCUCGCCAACGGUUACAUGAUGUCCCGAGUGGGCACGUCCCAAAUCGCCCUGGUGGCCAAAGCCUUCAACGUGCCCGUGCUGGUGUGCUGCGAGACGUACAAGUUCUGCGAGAGGGUGCAGACGGACUCUUUUGUGUCAAACGAGCUCGACGAUCCCGACAACCUGAUGGUGACGCGGAAGGGCAAGACGCAGCUGGCGCGCUGGCAGGAGGUGCGCUCGCUGGGCCUGCUCAACCUGGUGUACGACGUGACGCCGCCCGACUUCGUGGACGCCGUCAUCACCGAGCUGGGCAUGAUCCCGUGCACGUCGGUGCCCGUCGUGCUGCGCGUUAAAUGCGUCGACCAGUGAACCCGAUCGCGCUUUGAGCAUGCAAUAAAUAAAUACAUAUAACAAAUAUAUGAAGAAUA